AUUAAUAACAUACUCGAUGUAUACAAACUUUUAGCAAAACCUAUUAAGUCUCACUUUAGGAAUAAUCCUAAACUACACGGACGGAUGGUUGAUUGAUGUUGGUAGAAAUUGGGGUAAAGGAGCUACUGUCCAAGUCUUAUGAGAAUGGUCAUCUUCUCCAUUUAUUAAGGGGUCCAGUCCAUUUACCUUCACACCUAUCCUGCCAAAUAGAAAAAGAAAUAUCAAAUUGCUAGGUUAUUUUCUUUCAUUAAGAGUGAUGGACCCUAGCCAAGGUACCAAAAGAUUUCCAAGCCACGUCCGUUUUCUUCACUUAAUGAGAGGGACCCUAGCUCUCUACCAUCACAAGUUUCCAGCAAGCAGAAGGUAAGAGCUUUGAUGAAGGAGCGACUCAUGCUUCUACAUAAAGGGGGAGAAUAGAGAAAUGUUUCGCAGUAUGUAAGUCAGCAAUGUUUAUCAAAUUAAAGGGAUCAGAGUAGCUCAAGUGCUCAACUAGCCAUUUACAACUCUACCGUAUACAAUUAAAACCACAUACUUACCCAAACAUCAUCAACUCCAUCCCUAAGAAAACCAAUACCUGCAUAAGCCAUAGUUGCUACUAGGGUGAACAGACAAAUAUUCUUGAGGAGGGGCUGCCGAUCAAGAGCUGUCAAUGAAGGAAUACUAGCAUCACAGCAGACUCCUGAAUCUUCCAACUGUCAUCAAAGUAUUAUCAUGGGUCAGGUUUGAGUUGCCGGUGGACCGAUCUGAAGUUGCCGGUGGACCGAUCUGAAGUUGAGGAAGAUCUAGAACUUUGGAUUUGAAGAUUAGGAAGACAUGGGAAUGGGGUGCAAGGAUGGGUUGAGGUGGAGACUUCAUCCUUCAUCUUCUUCAAUCUUCUGCGCCCUAACCACCGUACAACAACAAACUAAAGCUUACUCUCCAGCUAUUGUGUCUACUCAGAUUGCACAUGAAUCCCAUGAGAGUGCAAUUGGCAAAAAAUGGCAUCAUACUUGGAGUAUCAAUUUGACUACACCAAAUCCUUCUCAAAGUUUGGUUAGGAGGUUAUCAGUGACAUAUAGGUGAUUCAAUAGCAAGCCUUUAUAUUUCAACAAAUAUAAUUAGGGAACAAUUGUAUGAGAGGAUUAUAUAUAUCGGAUUGUAAAACUCUUAUUAACUUUUUAAUAGUGAAAAGUAUUAGAAUUUAAUAUAUUUACAAGUCACUU